AUGGCAAGAAAGGAGGCUGGCCUCCACCAGAUCCAGGGUUCGUCUCGCCUGUUUCGGGAGAUCUUUCAGGAGACCAGCAGCGGAGACUUCGGCAUCCACAUAAAGGAUGGCCCCCUCUUCCGAUGUCAUACACGCAUCCUGGACACUUCUGGUGGCUUCUGCGGGAAAAUCCGUCAGUUUGGCAAGCUGAUGAGUCGGAAUGCUGACCAUGAUGAAAUUCCAGCGCCCAAAGAGUACUUCAAGCAGAUGGGAUACCAUCGUCUUCUGGCAGAUCUGCAGUCCAUCCAAUUCUCACAGCCCAUUGAUAGAUCUAUUCUGGCUGGGGGGAUCACUGCCACCAUCGCUGGAAAGCGCGAUGAUGCCUUGAAGCCAGGCUUCUCCACAGCGCAUUUCAUAGGCGGCACCAUUGGCACCAACAAGCGUGCCGAUCCUUUUUUCCUAGCGGAAAGGUACGAGAUUCAGUGCGAUUGCGAACUCAUGGCGGAGCUUCUGCGGUUCAUUUAUUGCGGCGAGAUGUCCUUCUUUCAGGAACAGACUGACAACGACAAGGCAAAUGAGAUCCUAACCCAGAAGAUGCUGGCCAUUUGUUUCGAGGCCGAGCGCUUCUCGGUGGAUGCCUUGUACGAGAAUUUGCUGAAUUGGUUUGGCAGAAGGAGUUUCUUUGUGGUCGGGGAGCUCAACUUCGCAGAUGCGUUUUACCAUCUGCAGCACUACGAGCAUCGUGCUACAGAGAAGCAUUCGCGAGACGUCCUCAUCACAACGCUCGCCACCGAGAUGGUGUCAACCCGAGAGCAGUUUCGGGCUGUGACGCGGGACCCUCGAUGGUGUUCCUUGCCGGUAUACUUUGUGGAAACCAUUCUCAACUAUGAGCGCCUUCCCAUAGUCUCAGAGACGGAGAUUUUAAGUCUCAUUGAGCGGUGGAAUGCGACAGCUGACAAAGAGAAGUCCGACAUUGUUCGGCUUCUGGCAUGUUUCAGGCCUGGCCAAGACUCACGGGCAGCCAUGAAGAAUUGGCUCUCGUUGAUGGGCUGGGUGGACGAGUCAGGCAACGUCGUUCCAAUUCCUGGGCUGGAGGGCUUGGAGCACAUCGUCAGUGGCACUGCGACAAGAGGCAAGAAGCCUCGCAACCACAAGAACGAGAUAGCUGACGUCACAGACCUCACAAAGGCGAUGAUUGAGUCAUUUCAUUCUGACCUUCAGCCAGAAGGCAAUGAUGAAGAAGCCGACGCUACGUUCCUGCAUUACCGCGGAAAGAAGGUGCUCGCCCAAGGCUGCUCCUUCGACCUCGGUUCUGGGGAACGUUUGCUGCAGGCAGAUGUUCUGAGACACUCCGGCAUUAGUCGACUUCGCGUAGCACUAUCGGAGCCCUCCUCUCUGCUCUGGAACCCGCAGCACGAAGUCUUCGUCGGGCUUUCAUACGGCGAAGGCAAGUACUUCGGAUUCCUGUGCAGUGCGACUUCUUUCUCUGGCAUCUUUUCCGUCCGAGCGCUGGCCUCUGCUGCUCCAGCGCCAUCAGCUCCCGUGCAUCUUACGGGCUCUGGAAACAAGAUGGAAUUCGAUAUGGGCCUGGAGAUUGCGCUGCAUCGAGUGGACUUGGUUGUGACUUGCAAGAUGAGCGCCAUCUUCAAGAACGAGUGUCUGACACAGGAAGUUUUCCAGAUAUCUCAUGAUACUCUGGUGAAUGGGCCUGGUCUGAGAUACCAAGUGGUUGGCACCGGUCUUGACAGGGACCGAGUCCUCAUCAACUUGGCCUGGGUCAGCGGGGGCGGUCCCGCACUGGACAAGCAGGUCGAGUAUGGACCCAUUGGGCCGCCAGACUGGGAUCCCGCGUUGUUGAUGCGAGGGGUUACAUAA